ACUACAACAGACUGAACUGUAUCUGCCUCUAUUUCCAAACAGACUCACGUUCAACUUUCGCUCAAACAAAAAAGCCGGGAAAAUUUUAUUAAUCCUUUUUUAAAAAAAAAGUUAAUAUAAAAUUAUAGCAAAAAAAGGAACCUGAACUUUAUAGCAACACAGCUGGAACAAUCCGCAGAGGCGGCGGCAGGGCGGAAGAAGAGAUUUAAUUUAGUUGAUUUUCUGUGGUUGUUGGUUGUUCGCUAGUCUCACGGUGAUGGAAGCUGCACAUUUUUUCGAAGGGACGGAGAAGCUGAUGGAGGUUUGGUUCUCUCGUCAGCAACCCGACGCCAGCCAGGGAUCUGGGGAUCUUUGCACUAUCCCGAGAUCUGAGUGGGAUGUACUUUUGAAGGAUGUGCAAUGUUCAAUCAUAAGUGUGACAAAAACCGACAAGCAGGAAGUUUAUGUACUCAGUGAGAGUAGCAUGUUUGUCUCCAAGAGACGUUUCAUUUUGAAGACAUGUGGUACCACCCUCUUACUGAAAGCACUGGUUCCCCUGUUGAAGCUUGCUAGGGAUUACAGUGGGUUUGACUCGAUUCAAAGCUUCUUUUAUUCUCGUAAGAAUUUCAUGAAGCCUUCUCACCAAGGGUACCCACACCGAAAUUUCCAGGAAGAAAGAGAGUUUCUUAAUGCAGUUUUCCCAAAUGGAGCAGCAUAUUGUAUGGGACGUAUGAAUUCUGACUGUUGGUACUUGUAUACUUUGGAUUUCCCAGAGAGUCGAGUAAUCAGUCAGCCAGAUCAGACCCUGGAAAUUCUGAUAAGCGAGUUUGACCCAGGAGUUAUGGACCAGUUCUACAUGAAAGAUGAAGUUACUGCAAAGGAUGUCACUCUUGAGAGUGGAAUUUGUGACCUGAUACCAGGUUCUGUCAUUGAUGCCACACUGUUCAAUCCUUCUGGGUAUUCAAUGAAUGGAAUGAAAUCGGAUGGAACUUAUUGGACUAUUCACAUCACUCCAGAAGCAGAGUUUUCUUUUGUUAGCUUUGAAACAAACUUAAGUCAGACCACCUAUGAUGACCUGAUCAGGAAAGUUGUGGAAGUCUUCAAGCCAGGAAAAUUUGUGACCACCUUGUUUGUUAAUCAGAGUUCUAAAUGUCGUACAGUGCUUUCUUCACCCCAGAAGAUUGAAGGCUUUAAACAUCUUGAUUGCCAGAGUGCUAUGUUCAGUGAUUACAAUUUUGUUUUUACCAGUUUUUCUAAGAAGCAGCAGCAACAGCAGAGUUGAUUAAGAAAAAUGAAGAAAAAAUGCAAAAAGAGAACACACAUAGAAGGUGGUGGCUGCUUUCUAGAUGUUGAUACCAGGGGCUAUGCUUUCCAUAACCACCACCUUGUAGUUGCAGAAAGCCCUAGAUGUAAUGAUAGUGUAAUCAUUUUGAAGUGUAUGCAUUAUUAUAUCAAGGAGUUAGA